GACCUUGAGAGGAUGGGAUACCGAGUCUCAGCCAAGAAAGCUCAAAUCGUGACCCAAACUGCACGAGGACUGGACUUGUUUCUUGUGAGGACAUGUGUGGUGGUGGCAGAAGAAUGGCCUCAAAGAGCACCCAUCCUGUCCUUUCCAAAACUGUGCAAAGACUUGGGCCUCCAUACACAGGCUGUUAGCUCCUCAUUUGGCUGUAGAGUGAACCUGGCCAUUUGCUUGCAGGUGAGAGGAGAAACUCACAUGAUGCUGUAGAAGCCCCCUUCCACUCUGCUCCAAUCUCCUGGAACUCUCCUAACCCAUUCUGU